AUGCUCAAAGAUUUACUGCUUCUGAGUGGGCUUAAGAAGCGUUGGCCUGUGAUCAGUGAGGAGGAGAUACGGAUGCACAACACACGGAGAUCUUUGUGGAUCGUCUCAGGGAACUCAGUGUACGAUGUUACAGGGCUACUAGGGUCGCACCCAGGCGGUGAGGCGGCUAUCCUGCGACGUGGAGGCGGAUCGAAAAACUGUGAAGCCGACUACACGUUUCACAGUCGCUACGCACGUCGGGAGUGGGACAAUCGCAAGGUAGGGGAGAUCACGUCCGAGGUUGCUAUGAGACUGUUCCCACCCCGUACCGGGACGCACGAGGCGAACAUGCGAUCUGCCACAGAAUUCGCUGCGGGGCCGCCACCUGUGGGUAUCUCACGGACUCACAUAAACAGCGGUGAGGAGAGCCAUACACGCACGGUGGAUACAUACGCUAGCACAACAGUGUCACCGGACCAGCAGUAUCACCGCUACGAUUACGCAUCGUGCCGACAGCGGGUACUCUGA